GGCGUGGGCGCGGGUGCCCAGGGAAGGCGGAAGGACUCGGCGCCCGGGGAGGCCCAGCGCUGAGCCGUUCCCCCCCCCCCCCGCCUCGCGCCGCGGCCGCCUCCGCCGAGCCCCCAAGCCCGGAGCCGGAGCCCCCAGCCCCGCCGGCGCCAUGGAGAAGCUGCUGCUGCUGUUCUGCAACUGGAGCACGCUGGGCGUGUGCGCCGCGCUCAAGCUGCCGCAGAUCUCCGCGGUGCUGGCGGCGCGCAGCGCGCGGGGCAUCAGCCUCCCGAGUUUACUUCUGGAGCUGGCGGGUUUCCUGGUGUUUCUCCGGUACCAGUGUUACUAUGAGUACCCGCUGCUGACCUACCUGGAGUAUCCCAUUCUCAUCGCACAAGACGUCCUCCUCCUGCUGUGUGCCUUCCAUUUCAACGGGAACGUGAAGGGAGCAGCCCCGUACAUGGCCGUGUAUCCUUUUCGUUGUCCAGGAAUCCGACGGGACUGGGGAGUCAGGUGCUUUUGCCAGAUCUGCGUUCUCGUGGUCAAACCGAAAAAGAUCCCAAAUGCGCAAUCUAAGUACUUUCAUCAGCGUGGCCAGCAAGUUUGCUCAGCUCCAGUACCUGUGGAAGACCAGGGACUCAGGCACCGUGAGCGCCCUCACCUGGAGCCUCGCUGCAUACACCUGUGCAACAAGAAUAAUAACAACGAUAAUGACCACCGGCGAUCUUACGAUUCUUACACGUUUCGUGAUCAUGCUUGCUUUAAACGUGUGGGUAACCACCACGGUCCUUCGCUACAGGAAGACGGCGGUAAAGGCUGAAUAACAGAUGCGCUGCCCCUCCACACGAAGUGGAUUCCUAAUAACUGAACCAAAGCUCACUGCUGAAUCAAGGUCUCUUAUAAGUUCAGUCAAUUGCUUCAGAAAUGCUGAAUUGAAGCCAGAUGUAUUUUGGACAGGAGCCACUUAAACACUUGUUGAGAAAUGUUGAUUUCCUUCCCAUUCCUCCCCUUCGUGAGGCGGAGGCAGGUCUCAGACACCUGCAAGUCGAGCAGUCAAGACAAUGCUCUUCAGCUUUCAGAAUCUUCUAAGAAAUAAAUCCUCUCUAGAGCACAAAUGAUUAUGAACGGAGUGGGAUUUUAGUCAAAAGUGAAAUUGUAGUAAAUUACCAGGGUCACUUUCUGAAUAUAGAUGUAACAGGAUGGCCUUGCUGUAUCACAAUACACGAUAAUGCCUCCUUAGGCCAUAGUAAGGAUAUCGAGGCAAGCAAAAACGUUAAUUGGCUCGAGUUUAUAUACCCAAGUAGUGCUGUAACUUCAUAUAGUGCCUUUAGUUCCUAAGGAAAGGUCGAUGGGCUGCAGUCUCUACAGCAGUAGGAUGAGGCAGUCCCGAUGAACUUUCUGAUUCAAGCACAAUGCUGCCAUCUUUAAGAGUCACACCUUUGAAAAACAAAAAUGUCCACUGAAAAUAGAUGCAGUAAAAGGUAUUGCUGGGGUGCUGUCAACUUCUUACGGAUUUUAUUCUUGUUAUAUUCUAAACGUGAUGUUAGGAUCAUUGGUUACUGCAUUUUACCGUAAAAGUUUAUAAACGCUAGAAUUUAAAAGCUCUUUCCCUUUAUAAUUGGCAUUGUUAUAUGUAAUAAGUAAAUGAUGUUUAUUAGAAAAUGUUUUAGUGUCCUAUGUAAGUUAAAUAAAUCAUUCUGUAGUUUUUAAAA